AACUUAGCAUGCAGAUUCAUGUAAGAAUAUGAUUAGACCCAUAAAAACAUCAACUUUUCUCUCUCCUUUUCUCCUCCAUGACAAAUAGAAAGCCUAAAUAUGGACAUUAUAAAACUAUAAUCACAGGCGAAUUUUGUUGUUUUCUUUUUACAACUGAAAGUUCUUUUCCCCCGCAAUGACAUCUACAGAUUCUACACCUGAUAACGGCCAACAAAGGACGCCGGAAGCUGAGCCAUCUUUACAAAUCAACAAUCAUUCUUUACCUGUAAUUAUUACCUUAUUUCUUCUUAGUUUUUUCUUCCUUGGCUUUUUCUCGAUAUACUUUGUUCGUUGUAUUGUUAGUAUCUUUCUACGUAGAAGUAAUACACAAAAUAAUAAUAACAUUGUUAUUAAUAAAUCUCAAGGUCUUGACCCAUCAAUUGUUUCAUCAUUUCCAACUUUUGUUUAUUCUUCUGUAAAAAGCCACCGACGAGAAAGAAGUAGUAGAUUAGAGUGUGCUGUUUGUUUAUCGGAAUUCAACGAUGAUGAUGUUAUUAGGUUAAUUACAAUGUGCAAUCAUUCUUUUCAUCCCGAGUGUAUUGAUCUAUGGCUUGAAUCUCAUACAACUUGCCCUGUCUGUCGGCUGAAUUUAGACCCAUCUGAAAAAUCACCGGAAAUCAUUUUGGAAGUGAACGAUACAACAACGGGUACAACAACUACAACAAUAAUGUCUCAUGAGAACGAGCAAGAAACCGAGCAUGCAGAAGGAAAUAAUAAUCAUCAUCAUGUAGUUUUUGUUAAUGAUGAGCAAAUUCACGGUGCGGGUGACGGAGACGAGGAAGAAGAACGACAGAGAAAAAGAAGAAGACAAAAUGAAUGUGUGAGUUUUGGAGAUGCGGGAGGAAGAGAUGAAGAACAUGUUGGGCAUACUGACAAAUUCUCAAGGUCUCAUUCUACGGGACAUUCUAUCAAAAGUGGGGAUGAUAGGUUUACGUUGAGAUUGCCGGAACAUAUUAAGAAAACCCUUUCUAGAGGACAUAGUUUGACGGCUAGUUGUAUUACAUUUGGUAAUUUUUCAGCUGACGUGGUAAUUGGAAAAGAUGGUCCUGGAGAACUUUCAAGGUAUUCUGUCCGAGACACCAUAAAAGUGUAAAAUCUCUUAAAAAAUUCUCCGCUACUUGUCUUAGUUUUCAUUAUAAUUUAUUAGGAAACUUCGUAUGUACUUUGAUUCCAAUGUAACAAUGUUAAUAGAUACCUCGGUUUAUUAGUUCUUUUUGAUAGGGAAGUUAAUGUAGAUCAAGAGUAGGAAAUAUAAAAUAAAAGUAUAUAUGGAAGUAUAUUCUGAAUCUUUGUUGUUA